UAGUGGGUGCGCGCCAUCGUUAGGAAGCAAGCAAGGUGCUCGGAAUUCCAAGCGCAGCCUCGACGGCGAAAAAUUAAGGGGACGCCCGUGCAUAUUAGGGGUGACCAGCAGGAAGAUAUCUCCAAGGAUCGUGUAGCUGUGUCGAAGCCGGAGUCAGGCGCGCCCAGUGUGGAAGCGUGCGAGCGCAGUUUGGCAGAGUUCGAAGCCUCUUCAAUUAGGGCGACGAUCACUGCUAAGCCUAGUCAGGGGGCUAAAAGCUUCUCGGCUAGCGAGCGCCGCCCUUCCGGGUUCGCGAUGUCUUCGACUGCAACGACAACAACGACAAACUCUACGGCGUCCACCCGCAGAGACCUGACCCGGAGCAAUGGAAGUAUCGUCGGCAGCAGCAAACAGCGCCGUGAGCUUAGCGGCCGCGUCGUCGCUGUGGGUGAGGAACAUUCCAUGAUACAGGGUAGGCAAGGAGGCCGCGACUCCCACUACUCCCGUUACUCCCGCAACAAAGUCAGCCAGCGGAAGAGCAAGCCAGAUGAGGGAAAGUCGGAGCAUAAAGAAAAUGCGAGCAUAUCCAAGCAGAACGCGAAUGGGAAGCCAUUGGAUGGGACCACGACGCGCAGUUCUCAGGCAACUCGUCAACAUGCAUCGGAUGCAACUGAUAGGAAAAGCGCUAGGAAAAGGCAUGGCUCCAGCCAUCGGGGGAGCGCGCUCACUAGGAAGAGACAUCAAGGCUCGACAGCAACGUUUGAGCCGAUGCGUGAACUGUCGAAUACGUCGGUAAAUUCGUCUGGAUCAAGGCUGGUGAGAAAACUAAGCAGAAGUCUCCCCAUGGCAUUCAUGCAGAACGAGUUGGGUACAAAGCAGAAGAUUGGCGUAGACAUCGCGGUUGGCACCAUGCUGCUGAUUCUGUUGCUGGUGUUCGCGGGUCUCCUAUACGCACGGUUCACACGCCAGAAGGACGCCACGGUCGCCUCCUGCACCGAGGAGUGCCUGAACGCCAAGCGAUACAUCGAGAGGCUCAUAAAUGUCAAGCACAGCGCGUGCGGAGACUUCUACGAACGCGUGUGUAGCUCCUGGAGUUAUACCGAUAAUGCUGGUUUCAUCAGCGACAUGGUCAAAGAAACUGAUAGGCGCCUCAACAGCAGUCUCUUUGAGGAAUCCAGCAGCACAGUUGCGUCGGAACAGGUCAAACGUGCUCGAACCAUUUACCGGAGCUGCUACAUGUACGCUACAUCAGAUGUCCACCUAGACUCUGCAUUACGAACUGCCGAUAAGGUCAUCAAGUUCACCAGUUUACGCAAGGCGGAAAACUGGAACGAACUGCUGCAGUCACUGAUUCGCUUUUCGUUCGAGAUAGGCAUCCACACCGUUUUCUCCGUGGACUUCGUAGGUGACAAAGGCAGACCUGUUCUGCACAUCGCUGCCGGCGAACCGAUUGCGUUUAAAAGAAUCGAGAAAGCCUCACUCAAGAAGUUCAAGGACAUUGUACGCGAAACGCUCCGCGUGCCAAUAAAUGUAGUUAUGGCAAUUGACCAGCAUGUCACUGACGCUAUCCGCUCACACGACUCAAGUGAGAAGCAGGGAUCGCUUGAAAGUUUUGUGAGUGGUGCCAUUCCGGGUCUGAGUGCCAUCGACUGGAUUAUUGCUGUGAACAGAGUUGUCCCGACUUUUAGUCGCAUCCGUAUAAUAGAUACAGUGGUUACCAAUGGUAUAGAUCAAGUUAGGGCAGCUCUCAAUGUUUUGACGGAGGCUGGAUUCAAGAACGCGAUUGAGUACCAUGUCGCCAACAUUGCGGCUGGCGUCACCAUCUUCGAUCUGUUCCAGCCCGGCUCGGAGGCGAGUAUGGAAAAUGUUGCCCAGUUGUGCCUUGACGUCACAAAAAAUGUCAUGCGCCAUUCUUGGCCACACGUUGCGGCAGAUGUCCUGUCUACGACGAAUAGACAGAAGGUGCUGCGCGAUAUAUUUUCUGUAGUAAAAGAGGCGCUGACUAAAAACCGAGCGUUGUACUGGACGAGUGACAGCGUCUACGCUAAAGCAGUCAAAGAGAUCGACCACAUGUCGUUGCUGAUACCGCACGGCCAAUCACUUCAGCGAAGGGCGACAAGAGAGGUGGUCGAAGCAAGCGAAGUAUCUGAGGAUGACGGCAGGAUCAGCACGUCCAUAGCCACUUUGGUCAGAGCUCUAAAGGACCAGCGCGCAUUUUCGAUGACAUAUCCACCAUCUACAGAGGAUAUCUUGCUUUGGAAAAACGAGGCCACUGACAGUCCGUCGUACGUUCCUUCAGAGAGUGCAAUCGCUGUGCCGACCCUGUACCAGAUACCGCAUCUUUUGUAUUCGGAGCACGUGCCCGUGUACUUCAAUUAUGGCACAGUCGGCGCAAUGCUGGCGCACGAGACGAUGGUCGCUUUUGCUUUAGCAGCCUCACACACAACGCCUGAUGGACGCCGAGAGUACUGGUGGAGUGGCAUCGACCCGGAGCGUUACAACGGCACCAUAGGCUGCCUGCACCAACUUCAUGCAGACCUUGGCUUCGGUUUGGCUGUCUCGAAUGAGCAAACGGACGUCAUGGUAAUCAGCUCGCUAGGCUUGAGGCUCGCCUUCGACUCCAUGCAUAUGAGCUUGAAAUCCGUCACGCGUAGAGACUCAUCUGAUGCGAUCUGGCAUCAAGCUGCGAGAACGUUUUUUACACGCUUUUGCCUACUGUUUUGUGACCCCGCAAGAGGACCGAGGAUCCUUUCACCAAGAGAGAUGUGUCUCUUGCCUGUGCAUAGCAUGAAGGAGUUUGGCGUUACUUUUGAAUGCCAAUCGGAAUUUUACAAGACAAGCAGCUGCCAAUUUUAGAAGACAUUGCCUUAUGGCAUUAAUUGGUUCUCUUUUCUACUGACUAGAUGGUUUUGUUUAAGUUCUCUCUUUGUCAGAGGCUUGCUGACGGAGUGAUAUGCUUACCGGAUUUCAAUAGGUACAACGAACAGUGGAAUAUUAAAUGGCUCA